GGGCUCCCAGGUUGUCCGAGGCCACAUUCUGACAGUCAGAGACCGAGAGCAAGCUCUGCCGCACCCUUUCUCUACCGCGCACAGGUAAACUGCGGCCAAACGACCAAAGUCACUCGAAAGUCACAUUUGGAUUGUAAUUUUUGGCCAAAUGUAUGGAUUAAACAAAGACUAAACUCGUGUCUGGAAGCGGAUAUGAAGGGAUAGGCGCUAAAGCAAGACUAAGACCAAAGAGAAGGGACAACGUCUCAGCCCCACACGAUUGGAGGAGAUAGACGUCAAUCAAACUGGACGCCGUCCAUUCCCUCCCACCCCUCAUGGCGAGACCACCCCCAACCCACCAAUAGGGCGAGUCCCAUCCACACGAACCCCCGCCACCACUCAUCCGUCCGGACAAUCCAAUUGGUCCCCCUCACUCCACUUAACUCCUGCCCACUCUACGCUCCACCCCAUCUGAUUGGUCAAGAUGGACAAGUUGACAGACGAUGUCCCCGGGUGCUACUACAACCGUACAGUGCAGUUCUUCUACGAACAUAGUGGCAAGAACAUCAGUGCCCACUGGCGUCCUCGGGACUACGUGGUGGUGAGCCUGGGCAUGGGUGUGUCUGUCAUCGUCAUCCUGGCCAACAUCCUGGUCAUGGUGGCCAUCUUCAUCAACCGACGUUUCCACUUCCCUAUCUACUAUCUGCUAGGCAACCUGGCGGCAGCAGACCUGUUCUCAGGUAUCGCCUACCUGCACCUGAUGUUCCACACUGGGCCCUGGACCAUCAAGCUGUCCAAGAACCAGUGGUUUGUACGCCAGACCCUGAUCGACUCCAGUCUGACAGCAUCGGUGUUGAACCUCCUGGCCAUCGCCUUGGAGCGCCACCAGACCAUCUUCACCAUGCAGCUCCACAGUAAGAUGACCAACCGCCGCGUGGUGCUGCUCAUCGCCCUUAUCUGGGGCCUAGCCAUCUUCAUGGGCCUGGUUCCCACCAUGGGCUGGCACUGUGUGUGUGACCUGGAAAACUGUUCCACCAUGGCCCCCAUGUACAAACGCUCCUACCUGGUGUUCUGGGCUGUGCUCAACCUGUUCACCUUCUCUCUCAUGGUGGCUGCCUACACCAGGAUCUUUGUGUAUGUCAGACACAAGAGCCAGAGGAUGUCUCAGCACACCAGCCAGAUACGACACAAGGAGACUGUGUUCAACCUGAUGAAGACGGUUUCUAUGAUCCUGGGUUGUUUUGUGAUCUGCUGGACCCCGGGCCUGGUGUUGUUGAUGUUGGAUGGUCUGGGCUGUGAAUCUUGCCAGGUGCUGCGUUAUGAGAAGUACUGUCUGGUCCUGGCUGAGUGUAACUCCCUGGUCAACCCCAUCAUCUACAGCUUCAGAGACACGGACAUGUUACAGACCUUCAAGCGGAUCCUCUGCUGCCUGUGUCGCCGUGGCGACGCCGGCCGCAAAGACACGCUGUCCGGCAUGCGCUGCAACACCCUGGAGCAAGAGCCAUAUGAGAAUGGUGAUGCGGAGCUGGUGGAGAAGACCAGGGGAGCUCCUCUCAUCCUGAAGGGAACAAAGGACAUGAUGACGUCCACAGAGAGCUGACACGAGCAUGCGCACACACACACACACACACACACACACAGUGUGUGAUUAUUUUGGAGUUUCUGAAUAAUGCUAAAUGUUUUUAUUGUAUAAUGUGAUGUUUAGUUGUAUUGAUGUAAAAUGUUGUUUGUAUGAUACUGUAUGUUACAGAAAACAUGACUACAGUUACCUACAGGCACUGACGUUUCUGUUUGAAACAACUUUAUUGACAUUGUCCCAUAUACACUCCUCAGAUAUGUGAUGACAUGUGGUCUACCUGAGCAGUCAGCUCAGUAGAAAAGUCAUCAUUACAAUCAGAACUGAAUAUUUAUGACUUUUUAUUUUUAAUUUGACAUUUUAUUUAUGCAUUUUUUGUUGUUGAUCUUACGAGAAUAGUCUGCGCUGAGUGUGUACAGUGAGGGGAGAGGUGUGUGUGGAGAGGUUGGAGAGGUGUGUAUACAGUGAGGGGAGGUGUGUGUGCAGAGGUUGGAGAGGUGUGUGUGUGUACUGCAUAACAUGUUAGGUGAGUUUUAAGAAGGGGGGGGUAUUUGUAAAGACAUUUUACUGAUAUUAAAUGUAUUGUUAGGUUCUGAACAGAGUAAAAACUCAAACGGACGACUAGUAAAAACACAGAGUUUAUUCACCGCACUGAAAGCCUCGGCUGCAAGCACAUUUUACACAUGAUCAAACAGGCAUUUAUACAUCAGGGUGUAUCUUCUCUGAUCUGCCAUCUGUUGCCCAAUACUGCCUACAUGUUGCAUGUUGUCUUGGCCUUCCAGCCGUCUGCCAGCCGUCCCUCUUAUCUGUCUAGCUGUCUAGAGAAUGAAGGAAUAGACUAUAGGCCAGUCUGUAUUGUAGACUGAUGUGUUCUGGUUGUUUCUGUGACCUCACAAUCAGUUUCAUGGUCAGAAAUGAUGGAAACCGUUUCUAUUAAAGAACCUACAACA